AUCACUCUUGUAACGCUUUCCUCACUCUACUCUCACUCUCUUCUUUCUCUCCUUCCAAUCUACCUGGUAAUAUGGAGAACCCUGAUGCAAAUCAGCUUCCUGAAGUGGAUUCCUUGCCUGAUGGAUUUGUCGAUGGCUCCGCAGAGCCUGUGGCUCCUGCAACUCCUAAUUUAGAACAAGAGAAGCUUUUGGGUAACCACAAGAAGGGUGAUGUCUCUGAAGUUGAUUGCUCAAGUGAAUCCCUUGACGAGUCUUCCUCAAAUGAGUCCCGAAAAAUUGAGGGUAGGACAGAAAAGACUCAUAAACUGAGAACUUUUCCUGUUGUAUUAUCUGAAUCAGAGAUUUUUGAUGCUUCAGUUGAGGCACCAAGAAAGGGCUCUGUGGAGCAGUCAGAAGGUGCAUUCGUCACACUGGAUUUGACUGAAUCUUCUGCGGAGGCUUCCGUUGAGGUGUCAGAUUGUCGUGGGGAAAAGGAACAACUUAGAGAAAAAUGUCAAAGUUCAGAGACACCCACUGCAGGAGGCUCAGAUGUAAAAACUGAUAUAAAGGAAACGUCUUCACCAGAGAUUGCAGAUGCUUCGAAAAAUAGAAAAGCAGAAACCAGUGAGACCAAGCGUAAGAGUGCAAAGCGUACCUUGAAAUCAGAAAAAGAGUUCCUAGAGUUCACUUUGAAAUAUCAGCAAGUUCUUACUGAAAGAGAUGCAGCCAUUGCUGUCCGAGAUAAACUUGAGUCAUUGUGCCGGGAGCUGCAACGUCAAAACAAAGUGUUAAUGGAUGAAUGUAAACGGGUGUCCACCGAGGGACAAACUUUAAGGUUAGACUUGUCAGCUAGGUUCCAAGAUGCAAUAAAGGAUGUGAGCAAUAAGCUAGAUGAGCAAAAGAACGAAUGUCUCUCUCAGCUAAAGGAGAAUGAGAUGUUAAGAUCUAAUCUGAAGCACCUUGUUGAGCAGUAUACUCUCUCAGAAAAGCAAUUUGAACAGAAGCUAAAGCAGAAAUCACUGGAACUUCAGAUUGCUGAUUUGAAGAUUAAGCAAAAUGAGGAGAAACUAGUUCAGGAACAGUCCCAGAUAAAAUUAUAUGCAGAACAGGUGUCACAAUUACUAGCAACUGAAAAGAAUUUGCGAUUGCAGCUGACAGCUGAUGGAGAAAAGUUUCAACAAUUUCAGGAUGCUUUGGUAAAAAGCAACGAAGUUUUUGAGACAUUUAAGCAAGAUAUUCAAAAGAUGGCAAAAUCUAUUAAGGAACUAAAGAAGGAAAAUUCAUUCUUGAAGAGCAAAUCUGAGAAAUCAGACAUUACUCUUAUAGAACUCGUUGACGAGCGCGAGCGGUUGAAAAAACAGUUGGAGAAAACAAAGAAACAGAAAGAGAAGCUUGAAUCACUGUGCCGGUCUCUUCAGGCAGAAAGAAAACAAAAUUCUAUUGGGAGCAACAAUUCUGAUUCAGCUCUGGCAGAAAGAAAACAGGAUUCCGUAGGGAGCAACAGUUCUGAAUCUGUUCCGACAUGACUAGUGAGGGAAUCAAGCAUGCUCUUAUGGCCCUCGUUUUGUUUAUGAUUGGCUUGUUGUCAAGAGCAGGAACUAAGGUUAUUAUUAUAUAUUCAGACUUGUUUUGAAGCAUUUUGUGUGUCGCUGUCACAAUACCGGCUUAAGGGUAAGGUCAUUAAGGCUACUGCCUAAUUAUUAAGCAAAGGCCCCUUUAUUAUUAGCCAUAAGGGAACUCUCAAUUAAUUACCUUUGUAAGGUUCAAAAUGUUUAAGGGCGUGCUUACAAAUUCGGAAUUUACAUUCAGGAAAAAGAAUUAAGUUCAUAAUUUUGAAUUA